GGGGUUGAAGGUAAGCCAAUACAGGACAUGAAAGGUCAUCCCAGGACACUAGUUUUACUUAAAAAGUCUUGGAAAAGGGUGUGAAAAUGUGGCAUUCUGUGUGCUUUUUCAAUGAUCCUUGAGUGUUUUCUUUGCGCACCUGCAAAAACUGUUUUUUUGGGGCUGGGCAGGUGCAGAGCUUGUGCAUGUUUGUUGAACAGUCAGGGCUGCAGCACUUCCCUCCACAUCCAGCAGCUGAAUUUCAACAAUUCAUAUCAAAAUAUCACACUGACAAGUUUCAUGACUGCUUUGGGUUUGUUUUCUUCACUCGGACAUUCUGUUUCACCCUCUGCUCUGUUUUUAAUGUAGUUGCUCCCCCACGAGACCUUUGGAUCACUGACCCUGGGCUCCUGGGUUCUCUUGAUGUCGAGUGGAAGCCUCCGCUCCACAUCCAAACCUUCAAGAAGUGCACAGUAAAAUACAAUUUUGAAUAUCGCAACACUGGGGAUAGAGACUGGAAGGUUAUUUUUACUAGGAAGCUAAAACUCAGAGUUGGAUUUGACCUCAGCAGGACUGCUGAAGUGAGGCUGCAGACAUUGCUCAAAGGACAGUGUACAGGUGAUGUGGAGGUGCAGAGUGACUGGAUUUAUGCAACAUUUCAGAUCCCACCACAAGGAAAACUUGAUUCAGAGGUCCAGAAUUUCAGCUGCAUCUAUCAUGACUGGGAAUACCUGAAGUGCACCUGGCAGCCAGGUCUCCUCACACCUCAUGGUGUACAUUAUGGGCUAUAUUAUUGGUACGAGGGGCUGGAGCAGGUGGUGCAGUGUGAUCACUACAUCCAGGAUCACGGCAUAAAUCUCGGCUGCGUGCUACACAACCUCAGCCAGGCAGAAUACCAGGAUCUGAACAUUUGUGUCAAUGGCUCAGCGGCAGCCAGUCUGCUACGGCCACUGUACACCACCCUUCACCUUCACAACCUUGCAAAGCCCUCAGCCCCGGAGCAGCUGGUGGUUUCUGUGUCCCCAGCCGAGGAGCUGCGGGCGGCCUGGAGGCCCCCGGGCGGGCGGGUGCCGCCACACUGCCUGGAGUACGAGGUGCAGGUGGCAGAAGAUGCGGGGCAGGCCGCGGCUGCCUGGGCGUUUGUGUCGACCCAAAUGGAAACCGCUGUAACCAUUUCCAGAGCAAAUCAAAGCCACAUUUCAUGUGUUCGUGUCAGGGGGAGAGCAAACAUUUUUUGUGCAGACCAAGGCUUUUGGAGUGAAUGGACACAGGAUUGCUUCUCUGAGUCCAGAAAAGAGGACAAGGAGCUAUUUAUCCUCAUUCCUGUCAUCCUGAGUUUGUCAAUUACCCUCAUAAUAUUUAUGUUGAUUGGCCAGUGCAAGAAAAGGUAAGCACCAAGGUAGCCUAUCCAAGCAAUAUGCUUUUUUUUUUGGUGUCUCUAACAAUUUAUAGCUACCAUUGUAACUGAAACAUCACAUUAAAUGUCUAAGGGCCAAGUAUUAAUAGAUGCUCCAAGAUUGGACACCAAACAAUAGUUCAUUUUCAGUAAACAACCUUUCUGAGUGUGUCUGUUUCUGAUAUGAAAUGCCCCUACAGCAACCCAUAAACUUACUGCAGAGACACAAAUCCUGCUCAUAAGAGCUCAGACUGCUUCUGUUAAAUGCAGCAGUUACUCGCAUGCACAGCAGCACAAAUGAAGCUAUUAUCAUGCCCCAAAAUACUCAAGAGCAGAUAUUUGUCCUAGCUGUGUUAAAGCAGUACCAUUUUAAUGGGCUAAAUCCUCAUUCUUUUGGCAGUCACAUCCCAGGUGUUUACUACGGUGGUGUGUUUUUCUUUCAUUUAAUAUUAGUUUAAUAUCUGUUUCCCCCCCUCCAACCCCCC